UUUAAGCUAUGAAAGGUAGAAGUACCUAAGCCUUGACCCUCUCUCUCUACCUCUCUCUCAGUCUCUCCAUACCUUGUAUGUGUAUCUUUUCAUCUUCCCCAAACAAACCUUAAUCAUGAACUCCACUCUUCUUCACUAGCGUGUUUCUUUUCUUUCUUAGCUAAAACUAAGAACCCAAGAACUGAAACAGGUGCAAAAAGGACAUUAUUGAUGGAUUCAGCAAACGUUGUUCCCUUCAUCGGCACAAACUCAACGAUGAUGAUGAUGAUUCCCUCCUCCGCCACGUCAUCCGCUUCUUCACUCUGCUCCCCGGCUCAAGCUACGGCUCCGCCCGCUGCGGCGGCGGCUUCAACGUUAAGCCGAUACGAGAACCAGAAGCGGCGUGACUGGAACACGUUCGGGCAGUACCUCCGCAACCACCGGCCGCCGCUCUCUCUCUCUCGCUGCAGUGGAGCCCACGUCCUAGAAUUCCUCCGCUACCUCGACCAGUUCGGAAAAACUAAGGUUCACACCAUCCUAUGCCCCUUCUUCGGCCACCCGAACCCGCCGGCUCCCUGCCCCUGCCCGCUCCGCCAAGCCUGGGGCAGCCUCGACGCCCUCAUCGGCCGGCUCCGCGCUGCUUACGAGGAAAAUGGAGGGAAGCCGGAAGCCAACCCCUUCGGCUCCCGAGCCGUUCGCCUUUACCUCCGCGAAAUCCGGGACUCCCAGUCCAAGGCUCGGGGGAUAAGCUACGAGAAGAAAAAGCGAAAGAAGCCGCCGCCACCUCAGCAGCCGGCGCCGCCGCAAACACCACCACCAGAUCUAAGGUAGAAUUUCAUCACUAUAUAUAAGCUGUGCGAUUAUAUUUGAAGUUGUCUAUUUAGUAGUAGGAGUUGUAGUAGUAGAUCAGAGUAAUGAAUUAAAUGCAAUCAUGUGGUUAUGGUCGGUAUGUUUUUUUCUUUCCACUAAUAGUUAAUGUGACAUUUUCGAAUUCUGUAAUUCUAAAUUAUCAUAUCAUUUUGGCUACAAACCCUACCUGCUGGUAGAUUUGCAGAUCA